AUGCCUCCAUUUUCCAUGCACCACUGGAAGAAGGGGCAACUUGAGGUUCCAUGUGAGAUUGCUAUUUUAACAGUGAUGGCUUAUGACAGGUAUAUAGCAAUAUGUAAACCAUUACGCUACAAAAGCAUUCUAUCCAAAAAUUUACCUGUAGGCCUUCGAGAUGCUAUGUCCCUACAAUUCCUUGUUCUACCACCACUUCUCAAUCCCAUUAUAUAUGGUCUACAACUCAAGCAAAUCCGAAAGGCUUUUUCCUGCUGUAGGACAAGUGGUGUGGAAGUUUGA